ACAGGAGUGUACUUUUGACCUCCUUUGCUUUGUGUCGUUGUUCAUCCUCUUGCGAUCCUGUGAUCAAACUUUGAGGUUAGGUAAAUAAAAAUAAUUCUGUUGAGAGACAUGUGCUAUUUGCUUGUAAAAAUUGUAUUAUCAAUCUAACGUAAUUUAUUUAUUUGAAAAUAUUCUUCUAGUAUGAACAUCUUACCUCGAACUGACUCCGACUUUACAAAGAAGGACUAUUGGGAUUCUUUUUUUGUCAAACGAGGCAACGAAGCUUUUGAAUGGUAUGGAGAGUACAGAGAGCUUCGUGGAAUAUUUGAAAAAUAUAUCAAAAUAAGCGAUUCCAUUCUUGUUAUUGGUUGCGGUAACUCAAACCUCAGUGUUGAUUUGUAUGAUGCUGGAUACAAAAGUAUGAUGAACAUUGAUAUUAGUAACGUAGCCAUCAAACAAAUGCAGAGGAAAUGUAAAAAACGUAAUGGCCUUGUCUUUAAACAAAUGGAUGUACAAAAGAUGGAGUUUGAAGAUGGAUCUUUCAAUGUUGCAUUAGAUAAGGGCACUCUCGACGCUCUUCUUCCAAAGGAUACCGUUGAAUCUAAAGAAACUGUUUUGAAUAUGUUCAAGGAUGUCAGCAGAGUAUUAAAAGUUGGAGGGAGGUAUAUUAUUGUAUCUCUUCUCCAGAAACAUGUUCUAUCGUACUUGCUAGAACAACUUCCUGCUAUGGGAUUUCUUGUCAGGAUUUGCCAGUGCCACGACAGUGAUCAGCUCGAGCAUCGCAUGCCUGUCUUUGUCCUUGUCUGUACUAAAUUGAAAGUCAUGCCGAAUUUUAAACCGGUACUAGAAGUGGUCGUUUCGGGAGAGACGGUUGAGAGGGUGGCGAGCGCUGAAGCGAUGGUUUCGCGGAUCGGCAUGAGCCAGCAGGCGGCAGCACUAUGCGCAGGUCUGGCGUCGCAUAGCAUCGCAGACAUCGCCACAGCGGAGGGGGAGGUGAGCAUAGACCUCAUGGAGCCCCACAGCGACAUGCCGCGAUACACCGUUGUCGUUGUCGACGCCAAAUGCGCCAAGCCCCCGCAGAACAUGACCUAUGCCGCGUUCAUUGUGCCGCAGGGCAGGGAAAGAGAAUGGCUGUUCGGAACGAAGGAAGGCAGGAAAACGAUAGUGGCCAGCUCCGGAAUGGACAGACUGGCAUUCAUUCUGCUGCACAGAGGCUGCCAGUACACGGACCAGCAGGCAGUGCAGGAUGAGGUGGGCAACGCAGUGCGAGCCAUGGCUCCAGCGCGCAUCAUCAAACAGAAACAGAAAAUACCGUUUUUGUCAGUCGGACCAGAUCUGGGCAAUAGGAGAGAGGUUUACAAAGGCAAGAGUGAAAUGUCGGGAGAGUAUGUGAUCGAGGAUGCCGAGGGAGACAAUUCGGUUAUCUACAGGCGACUGAUAUUUUUCAGCAACCAAAGUCUUGUUCAAUCUGAAGCCAGAUUGCUGCCUGUCAGUGAAGGGUUUCCUUUAAUGGUUGAUCUAGAUUACCUGGCUUGUCAACAUCACGUCUACAUGUUGUUGGGUGUUUACCUAGCUCAGAAGAUAAUCGGAAAGUAUGACUUGAAGAUACUCAUCAUUGGUUUGGGUGGAGGUGGAUUAGCUAUGUUCACUCGAAGGCUUUUUCCCCAGGCCUUCAUCACAGUGGUAGACAUCGAUCCAGAAGUCAAAAACAUCGCAGUGAACUAUUUUGGUUUGGAAGAGAGUGAUAAAAUGAAAAUAGUCAUUGCUGAUGGUAUAGAUUAUAUCCAGAAGUCGAUGAAAUCAGGUGACAUUUUUGAUGCCGUACUGUUUGAUAUCAACAGCAAUGAAUUCGUUCCUGGACUCAGUUGUCCUCCGAAAAUUUUCCUUGAAAACGAAACUUUGGAGAACACAUCGAAGAUUAUUUCUAAAAAAGGUAUAUUCAUCUUGAACUUCGUAUGUCGACUGGACUCAUUACGUGAAGUAACAAGGGACAAACACAAACGUUUAUUCAACGAUAUAAAAGUGAUCUCAGUUAAAGAUGAAGUGAACGAAAUAAUGUUUUGUUGGAAAGAUGCAACGAGGAUUUCUGUUGAAGAUACUGUCAAAAGUUUUAAUGCCGCUCUUCGAAAGAACAGUCAACGAUCGUCUGAGAACGAAAUCGACUUGGACGAUUUAUUGGUGAAGAAAUUGAGUUGAAUCUCCGAGAAUUUUGAAAAUGUAAUUUAAAAGACUUCAUCGACGUUUUAAUAUUCUACAUUUCGUGGAGCUAUGCUAAUGCUCUUAUCGUCUCCAAGAAGCAGAAAUCCAACCAGUCGAAAUUAUGUAAAAAAUCAAACUUGUACAGAAAAAACAUCUAGAACAACAUUUAUCAAUGCCAUUGAGCCACGUAUCCAACAUCGGCUUCACAUUUUAUUAUAAAUAAUUUAUGGUAAUGACUGGAAAAAUCUUAUUCAUCACCUGAAGCUAUCGUGGAAACCCAAUAAAAAAAUUCUAUGUCAGGCUAUCAUGCCAGCAGUAUUCAGCUUUUUGCCAGCAGUUUUUCCAGUUUUUGGCCUCAAGGCCGUUUCGAAUAAAUUUCAAAUAGUAAUAGCAUCAUUGGUUGAUGAUUCUUUGUUAGCGAAUAAUCAGCAAUGGUGAGCUUUUCGUGAGUUUGUGUUCACUAUAAUCUAUUUCUAUUGUAAUAUUGGGAAUGAAUUUUUCAAUUCUUAUUUGUUCAUAGUUUGUAUGUUAAAGUAUAAACAGUUCAAAUAUUUAUUUUUAUUUUUAAAUGCUGAUGUCUCACUUUUUUCUAUCAAAAGAUUAAUUUUGUUUCGUAUCAGGUCAGUUGUGUUUUGUCAUGUUGUGAUUCAUGAUUGAUCUUUAUCAAUAAAAAAGUAAUAAUUGUAUGCUUACGUCAAUUAUAUUGGAAGAUUACAUUAAUUAGAUUAUUAUUUUAUUACAUACAUUUAAAUUGGGGUUCGAACCUUAUACGUAUAUUUCAGAGUACCUAGUAAAUACAAUAAUAUAGUACAGAAGAUGUACUACAGUACAAUGUAUUAUUACAUUGGAAUAACAUGAAUUAUUUUCCCAAACUGAAAAAUAAAAGCUCUCACCUGCUUGUCUGUGAGGUUGAUCAAAUAUGAUCUGAUGAAUAAAAUCUUCACAAUUCAUAAUUUCCUGUAAUACAUUUAAUUAAUUGAUUUAAUCGAUUGUGAAUCGAUGUAAUUGCAAUAAUUUUCAAAAAGCUAUGCAGUCAAUUAUUAUAGUAUGAUUACAUUGUACAUUGUAAAGUAUGAUUAUUCAUUUAAAGUCAUUAUUAAAAGUAUGAAAGUAUCCGCUUCAAAUUAAAGCUUUGUUUUGAGUUUUCACAAAUAUCUUCAGUAGAUCACAGAAAUUUUAUCAAUCAAAAAGUAAUAAAUUUAUUCUCACAGCCAUUAAAUUGGACACAUAAAUGAAAAAGACACAUGAAACUUCAGCACUCAUAUAUAUGUAAUAACGCUUAUUAUGGGUCCUGAAUUUUGAAAAAUGGAUGAGGAGAAGGAGAAUAAUCCUUGGACAAAUGGAGAAAGAAAUGUGAAGAAAACGUCGAUGAAGUAAAAUCUGCCUAAAUUGUCAGUAAGCUACUAUCCCUUAUACAAAAGUGAAAUUCUCUUUUAGCUAAUCAGUCAAAUUUUAUUCACUCAAUUACUUAAUUUUAUAUAAUAUCGAAAAAGUAUAGGAACCUUUUUUCUCCUUCUCUUUCUUUUUCUCCUAAAGAGCAUAAAAUUUCACUCGCAAAUGAAGAGGUGUACUUCAUCACUGACUUAAUGUUUUCCUAAAGACAAAUAACUGUGAUCAAUUUGGACAACCUGGCCCUAUCAUUAAUUUUUUAUUUGAGUGAAAAAUUUCAUUUGUUUAAUUAAACUUGUUAUCAAUUAAAAUUAUUUUGAAUGUAA